CUCCCUCUUUCUCAAUCUAUCUUAUUUAAUUCUUACUCUCUUUUCAAGUUUUACUUCAAAACCCUUUGCAUUUGGUUUAGGUUAUUCACUCGUUCUGAAGGAAGAUUUAGAUUUUUUUUUCAUAUAUAAGGUGGUCGGAGGUAUGAACAGGCCGGGGGAUUGGAACUGCAGAUCAUGCCAGCACCUGAACUUCCAACGGCGGGAGUGCUGUCAACGCUGUGGGGAAUUCAAAUUAGGAGGGGGGCCUGAAUUAGGGGUGUUUUCCGGCAGAGCGGGAAGGUCAUCGUCCUACGGCGGAGGGAUUGCUUAUUCGCCGGGAUCCGACGUCCGCCCCGGUGACUGGUACUGCGGAGUCACCAAUUGUGGGACUCACAACUUUGCCAACCGGUCCACUUGUUUCAAAUGCGGUGCGUUUAAGGAUGAGUCAGCAGCAUCUGCGACGGGAGGAGGAGGAGGAGGAGGAGGGUUUGAUUUUGAUGUGACGUGUCGCGCAUUCAGAAGCUUUGGUAAUGCCUCGUCACGUGGUGCCCCUUCUCCUUGGAUGUCUGGUGAUUGGAUUUGUUCCAGGUUAGGAUGCAACGUACAUAACUUUGCAAGUAGAAUGGAAUGUUUUAGAUGCAAUGCUCCAAGAGACUCGUUUUAAAGAUUUCAAUUUCUAGUAUUAAUUUCAUCCAAAUUGAGGUUGUGGCACUCUUUUAUGAUGUUACAUACUUUAUUUCCUUUCA